AUGUAUCGCAAUACCUCGAAUAUCGUGGCCCGAGAACAUGACAAACGAGAGAUUCAGCUGAGUUCCAGCUCGUCGGAGACUGCUCAAAUGUUUUGCACGCCCGCAAUUUUCAAAAUUGUCAACGUACCGCUGAUAACAAUAUUUGUUUCGAUUCUGCGCGACGAACUGCCCAAAUGCACCACAAAAACACCAUGGGAACAUUUUUGGGAUACGGGUUGUAAGAAGAUAAGACAAGGAAACGAGGAGUUAUGGCAAAAGAACUUCUUUCACACAUGCAGACUACGCAGUCCAACAGGGGCUGAGAUUCUCGAAGCUUUGGUACUUGAAUACGAAAUCUCAGUCCACUUUGAGCAUCAAGAAUGUCUCAAUGAGUAUGCGCCUGAACCAUUCGAGUAUAACUGGUCCAUGUACCGACGUUUACGUGGUCCCCGGUGGGCGAAUCUCACAAUAUCUGUGAACACUGAGAUGGAAAGAGAUGUAUGCUACUACAUACUAAUUGGAAAAGGUGGAUUGGGAAUCUGUUCUAGGCUCAACAAAAGCCAGAUUAACGGACACCACCUGAAAAUCACGUGA